UAUCACCAUCCCACACGCGACAAUAUACCAACAGCACACUCGCAUAGUCGCAUUGCACGCAAUCAAUCCCAAUCCCGGCUCGCCUGCACACCACCGGGCACCGGAGCCAAGCUUUAUACACCCCGCCAGCGUACACGCCGACGUAGCCUCGCAGAGCUAAGCUGAACUAUAUAUCCUAGCUAGCGUACCGGCGAUGUCGUCGACGGGGGCGCGCAGGGGCGGCGGCAGCGGCGGCGGGCACUUCCCGGUGGGCCGGCGCCGCCACGUGGCGGUGGUCGACACCGGGUGCAGCUGCCGCCCGCGCCGCCCCAGGAUGCUGCUCAGCCUGCCGUCCUUCCUCAAGCCUUCCUCCGCGAGCAAGACACCGGCGGCGCCGGCGAGGAGCACCAGCUCGUCCAGCCUCUUCCCGUCGUCCUCCUCCACCGCCUCCUUCUCCACCAGCUACGCCUCCUCCAACUGCUCCAACUACUACUCCUCCUACCAUGGCUUCGGCGCCGCUCCCAAGCUGCAUCAGCAGCAAGAGCACCUUCCCUCCGCCAAGGAGGCGCCGGCUGCGACGCCGGCCUCGCCGGUCAGGAGGCAGCCGGCGAGCAUGAAGAAGAAGCAGAAGAAGAGGUACUACGUGGAGAACAAAACAGCUAUGGCGGAAGCGGGGCCGGAGGAGGACGUGGGGCUGGCAGUGGAGAAGGACUCGUCGGACCCGCGCGCCGACUUCCGGGAGAGCAUGGUGCAGAUGGUGGUGGAGACGGGGCUGUGCAGCUGGGACGACCUCCGCAGCAUGCUCCGCCGCCUGCUCGCCCUCAACUCGCCGCGCCACCACGCCGCCAUCCUCACCGCCUUCGCCGAGCUCUGCGCCCAGCUCGCCUCGCCGCCCCCGCCGGCGACAUCGUCGUACCACUACCAGCUCUAGCUAGCAAGCAAGCAAGCUAGCCAGCCAGCUGAGGUCUCGAGAUCCUGGUACCACCCGGCGUGCCAGCGCCGGCGUCACGCAUUCCCGGCCAGGCUGCCGGGUGGUGAUAGGAUCUCGUAGAAGAAACAAAGGUCCCUAGUACCGCUAGUACGAGCACUAGGACAAAAGCUCAUUAAAAAAUGUAGCAGUACCAGGUGUUUGAUUUCUGGAGUCUGUUCUUGUUGGUGGGUAAUUAGUUUCUUAAAUGUUUAGUUUGCUUUGCAAGUUAUUUUGGUGCUACUAUUAUUAGUGCUUAGUACGUAUUGCGAGGAGUUUGUGCUAGUGUGUGCCUAGUUAGUGCAUGGCCUUUGGUUUUGUGUGAAGGUCCAUGCAUGGACAGUGCCACUAGAAUAAUUGGUAGGGUUUGCUAAUUACGGAGUGAGUAACUAAGCUAUGUACGUAGGAGUAUGUCAAAGUCCGAGUGUAGUGUUCAGUGUUGUAUGAAGCCUUGUAACUUUGCUUGUGAAUGAGACUGUUCUAGCUUACAGUGAA